AUGAGAACCCAAUUGAUUGUGCCAUGGCUCCUGGCUUCUGUGGCGAUUGCUUCCCCAGGGGAUAAUUUGGACAAAUUUCAGGAUUGUAAAUAUGCAUGUGAGUUUGAAAAAUCUUGUCCUGGCUCACAGAUCGGGUAUAUCGACCCUUCAACUAACGAGUUUAGUGACUACAGAUUUGAUGACCGUCCUUUGCUGCUUUCAACAUUUUUCGCUUGGGAUUGUAUCUCGGACUGUGAUUAUCAGUGCCAGCAGAUCGUUACGCAGCUGAGAAUACAGAACGAGGAGGAAAUUUAUCAAUUUCAUGGGAAAUGGCCAUUCUUGAGACUACUCACUACCCAGGAGUUGUUUUCCACGCUGUUUAGCAUUGGAAAUUUUAUCGCACAUUAUCAUGGCUACCAGCAAUUGACCGAAACGAUACACAGGCUAGAGAAUAGAGGCGAUAGAAGAAGAAUACUGUUGUUGCGAAACUACACAUAUGUGGCAAUGGCUGGGAUGUUAGCAUGGACCGCUAGCACAAUUUUUCACUGGCGAGACCUGUUGAUCACCGAGAUCCUCGAUUACUUCUUUGCAGGAGGCACUGUCCUGACAGCAUUCCAUGCUAUCUUCUCUAGAAUGACAAGACUCGACAAACAUCCUCAGAUGGCGAAGUUAUUCUCCUGGUCCGUUGUCCUAAUAUUUGCCCUUCAUCUGCUACGACUCUACAUAGACUGGUCCUACACAUACAACAUGAGGUUCAACAUAUUCUUCGGUGUGCUGCAGUAUCUGCUGCUGAUUCUACUAGCAUACCAAAAUUACAAUACUCUACGGUCAACACAGAGCCACAAACGUGCAGGACCCUACGAAAAGCGUCAAACACUCGUCUUCAACCUCUGCAUAGUACCCGUAUUAUUAGUCGGAUCCACGGCGAUGGCUAUGUCUUUCGAGCUAUUCGACUUCUUCAGCUACAAAUGGCAAAUCGAUUCUCAUGCCUUAUGGCACAUGUGCACUAUCUGGCCGUCCUGGGUCCUAUACGGUUUUUUCCUCAAGGACUUCAACUUCACUACAAGGGAGAACUUGGAGUGA